AUGUCGGGUACUAACCCAAAUAGUAAACGAAUGCCGAGGUCGAAUAGCCAAAAGGACGACAACAUACAGAUUAUGGUGACGCCACCACCGAGAGUCACGCAUUCACCACCAGCAUCGUCGACAACAAGAGCAGUAACGUCGACGAGAAUAACAACGGCUAUAACAACAAAGCCCACAACUACGGUGACUAGCUCCGGGAUACACCCGAUAACGUCGUCUACUAGGGUUAUUCCUACACCCAACAGCGCGGGUAAUAUGAAUGCACUAAAUAAUACAAUUUCAAAUACAAAUUCAAAUCAACUCUCCAAUUUGAAUUCAAAUCAACUCUCCAAUUCGAAUUCAAAUCCGAAUCCACAUUUAAAUUCAAAUCCGAAUCCACAUUUAAAUUCAAAUCCGAAUUCACAUUUAAAUUCAAAUCCGAAUCCACAUUUAAAUUCAAAUCAAAAUUUAAACUCAAACUCAAACUCAAAUUAA